UUGUUCUUCUUAUCUUACUCCCACCUAAAUGCAACUUCUGACCAUAGAUUUCUUGAAAGGAAUGUUUAAUGUGGAAAACAAGACAUAAACAUCUUAUAAGCAUCAAAAAAGACUACAGACGCAGUAGGACGUUUAUGCUGUAUAGAUGAGGAAUGAGUUCUAGCAUCCGGGAUUGGUUGGGAGGAGCAAAGGCUAGAAACCUGCUUAUCCCUCAGAAGAGCAGAGAAUUAGUCUGUGUCGUCAUAUCCUCCACUGGUGUAGGAGGCAGCAGAGACCAGCGGCCUCAGAGCUGAUGAUGUGCCUGUCACUGAGUGGCCAGCUGGCUCCUGACUUAUACCCGAGGACAUGGUGAGAUGUCGGAAGCCUGCUGCCCAAUCUUCCACACGCUGUAGCCUGCACAAAGUAAAACUUCAUGUACGCAAAACAAGAUCUGGCAGUGCUAGCAUCUGGGCCAGAGAGGGCCAGACGGAUCAAUCGGAACCUGCAAAACCCGAAAUUACCAUUCCCAACAGACGGACACGCUUCAGGUAUCCUCAGAUUGCAGGAUACAGUUCCCCCAGCUGGCACUCAGGAGGAGGUUGGGGCAGCUGACCUGCAUGUCUAGGUCCGCCCUGAAACUGCGCUCCUGGCCUCUCACAAUCCUUUAUUACCUUCUACCCUUCGCUGUACUUAAGCCCUUGGUGAGAGUGGGAUGGCGCCCUACAAGCAGGGUUGCUAUUUACAAAUCAGUGCCAACGCGGCUGCUCUCCCGUGCAUGGGGACGCCUGAAUCAGGUGGAACUCCCAACAUGGCUAAGGAAACCAGUAUACCAAUUGUACAUCUGGACGUUUGGGGUGAACAUGAAAGAGGCUGCAGUGGAAGAUCUGCACCAGUACCGUAAUCUCAGUGAGUUUUUUCGCAGGAAACUGAAGCCACAAGCACGGCCAGUCUGUGAUUCUCAUAGUGUGAUCAGUCCGUCAGAUGGAAAAAUUCUGCACUUUGGCAGAGUGAAAAACUGUGAGGUGGAACAAGUAAAAGGUGUAACUUACUCUUUGGAAUCCUUCCUGGGGCCACAAACCUGGACUGAAAACCAACUCCACAAGACUUCCUUCCAGGACCAGCUGGUUACACAGGAGGGAAAUGAACUCUAUCACUGUGUCAUUUACCUGGCUCCUGGCGACUACCAUUGCUUUCACUCUCCCACAGACUGGAAUGUGUACCACCGGAGGCAUUUUCCAGGAUCUCUCAUGUCUGUGAACCCGGGUGUGGCCAGAUGGAUUAAAGAACUAUUUUGUUACAAUGAGCGUGUUGUUCUUACUGGAGGUUGGAAGCAUGGCUUCUUCUCCCUCACAGCUGUUGGAGCCACAAAUGUGGGCUCUAUCCAGAUAUAUUUUGACAGGGGCCUGCAGACAAACAGUCCUCGGUAUAGCAAAGGUUCUUACAAUGAUCUGAGCUAUGUAACGAACAAUAACCAAGAUGGGAUUGUUAUGCGGAAGGGAGACCAGCUAGGAGAAUUUAAUCUUGGUUCCACCAUAGUCCUUAUUUUUGAGGCACCAAAAGAUUUCAACUUUAACUUGAAGCCUGGACAGAAGAUUCACUUUGGGGAAGCUGUAGGUUCCCUUUAGGAAAAAUCCAAGAUUUGGAUCUGAAGAUGGUAAAAACAGGGAAUGAUCAUAUUUAUAGAAUUGUGGUGCUAGGAGACUCACAUUAGUGUCUCUAUGCCAGCUAAACUAUAUGAUUAUGCACCUUAAAGGCAAACAGAGGGCAGUCAUGCAGAUUAUGGCCACAUGCUAUGCCCACUGCCACGCACCAGCCUCGAUAUUGCCCCACACAGCACUUGUUUGAUUCCAUUCCCAUGGCCACUUGGUGUGGGUUCAGGGCUUUUAUUUAAUCACUUGAUCAAUUUACUUUUUUUGUGGGAGCAAUCAUUAAUUUAUGAUUUCAUAAAUAUUAAUUGAAUCCUUUAGAGAAGCUCAUCCAAUCAUAGAACGCUAUAUGCCGAAAGAAAACUGCCAACCUCAGGGAAGUGCUAAGCCUAAGGCAGCCAUUAGGUCAAUAAUAAGAGGACUAUGACACAAAGCUGGCACAAGGGAGAGAAUUCCUGUGGAACUGCUGCUUCUGAUUGCUUGGGAUGAAGAUUGUGGCCUCUGCACUGCAGAUUCUGACCAGGACCAUUCUGAUUCUAGCCCACAAAGUGCAACCUUGCCUGGGGCAGCUCUAGCACAUUUUUUUUUUUGUACAUCUGGGAAGGGUGUGAUUUCGUUAAUACAUUAACCCAUUUAAUAGCUGACAUUUUGAAAUAAAAUGAACAAAUAAACUAG